CUAUUCGUCGUAACGAUGACCAAACACAAAGCAACAGUGACACUGAUGCCGACACAACAAGGAACAUUCGAGUCCUGGAUGAUUCCAUUAAACGCCUAUACACAUUUGUAUUGCAACAUUACAUUGAAGCUUUUCUCUGACCUAUUUCCAUCAACAACCACGUUAAGUUUUGUAAAGGUUUGUAAACAGUACAUUCAGCUCAACGUUCCAUGUCACUACCCACCCUGUCGCUGUGUAUCACUUCCGGGUUUGCUGUUAUGUCGUCUCAGUGAAGGUUGUGUCUGUUCGGCUUGGCUGGAGAACUGGAAAUAUAGGGGAUUAUUUCAUAACACGAUACCAUCUGUUCGCCAUUUGUCACUUGUUGUCAUGAUGUGGUUGGCUGUGGUGCUUUUGUGUGCGAGUUUUGGGACAUCAGCGUCCCUUCCUCUGCAUCUGACGAGCUACCCACAGUCUGCUGUUGAUGGAGCCGGGUUCACACUGUCCUGUACAACCACACAGAGUGGAGGGUUUAUAAAUGUCAUCUGGUACAGAAACAAUGUUGAAAUGUUCAGCACAAGCAGUGAUGCUGACGUAUCUACUUCCAUACUCAACCCCGCCACCACAUCCAUUGAUUCCCGCGCUGUGGCAGGACGUGUCACUGUCAGCUCCUCCCUCCAACAACACAACGUGAUACUCAGGAUCAACUCUACACUCGAUCAGGGCUCUGUGUGGAAGUGCCAGAGUGGGAGUCGUUUCAGCAAUAACGUCGCUGUGGAGAUUACAGACAACUCUGAAGCUUCUACCUCAGUGAAAGCAACAAGAAAUCCAGUCAAUAAUGGACAGAUCCUAACACUGACUUGCGAAAGUACAAAUGUCAUCCAGGAAACUGUCUGGUCCAGAAACUCAGUGAACAUAUUCAAGACCAUUCUACUAACGUCCAUGUUGGUGUACGACACCAGCUCCCCCCAGUACCAGUCUGUUGCAGGACGUGUCACUGUCAACUCCACCCUCAAACAACACAACGUCAGUCUCAGGAUCAACUCUACACUCGACCAGGGCUCUGUGUGGAGAUGUCAAACUGGAGACCUGUUCAGCAAUAACAUCACGCUUGACGUGGUGGGAUAUAUAAGGGGGGAUGCUGUAACCACUAUUACAACCUCUGAAGAUGGAAGUAUUUUACCCCUCACCGCUGCAGUUGCCAGCAUCAUCGUCGUCAUCGUCAUCGUCGUCGCCAGUUUUAUCUCUGUGUUACUGGUCAGGAAGUAUAAGAAGGACGUCGCAGAAAGCAACAGCCAGAUGUACAGCACCAUGUCACGUGACCCUGACACUGACAACAAUUACUCUGAGUUGGAUCCUGGACUCAUAAGUAAGAGGCUUCCGGCUUCUCAGCCUGUCACCACAGAGGAGUCCGUGGCCUACUACAACACAGGGCCCGCUGACAGCCAGUAUGAAAACCCACCAUCUUCUACUGAGAAACCGGAAUCUUCAUACGAGUGAGGGCCUGAGUUUAGGUUUACACCGCUUUUAGCAAUAUUCCAGAGAUAUCACGAUCUGUGACACCAGAUAUGUACCCACAUUGUACCAAUGUUGGGAAUCGAACCCAGGUCUUCAGCGUGACGAGAAAACACUUUAACCACUAGGCUACUUUACGACCCUCUUCAUACAGAAUGAUACAGUCAUGUUUCAGAUGCUCUGUUUUUACACAGUUGAUGCGUUCAAUGUUGUUUCAACAAACUGAUUGAUGGUGCGAUUCACUGGCCACGUCAUACAAAAUUACGCUAAAAGAUGUAUCUAAUGUUGCCCUGCCUGUGUUCGGAUUGAAGAGGAUAAAACUGGGGCAAAGUUAAAUGAAUGUUAAUGAAUGUAGACAUUGUUCCCUUGCCUGGGGUUCGACAAGGGAGUAAUACAAGGACCAUUCGGUUGGGACUUACAACAUUAUAUCUUACUCUGGUAUCCAUGGUAACAUGCGACAUGACAUCUCUGGGAGUCAGCAUGAGUAAUGCCAGCAUUAGUCAGAACUGUUAAUCAUACAAACAAUAUCUAUUGCUAUUUAAUCGUAAUAAUCUCAAGGUGACGUGACGUAACGUUUAACUCUCCUACGUUCAUCAUUGCUCUCUUGUAUAUAGUUUAGACGCGGAUAUCCCGGUGUAUUUGUCUUUUUGACUGUUUGAUCACUUCCUUAGUUCAAGUUUUCUUCAUUCUCAUACAAUGAAUCCAUUGGUUUCUUGAACAAAUCUGCCUUUUGUAAUGUUGUUUACGACCUUUAAACUCUGUCUUCAAUGUCUUGACGGAUAUGUCGAUGUAUUUGUCUUGGGCACUGUUUGAUAACUUCCUUUGUGUCUGUUUGCUUCAUUCUCAUACAAUGACUCCAUUGUUUUCUUGAAUUAUUUUCGUAAUGUUGUAUACGGGCCUAACAAUCUGUCUUCAAUUC